GCAUCGCUCUGAGUGACAGGACGGAGAGAGAGUCUGAGCGCGCGCGGCGGUCACAGCGAGCUGGCUGACUGAAGAUUGAGACGGUUUAAAACACCGAGAACGGGACAGGUCAAAACCAUUGAAAAAACACGGUCUAGACAAGAAGAAAAUAAACAUUUCUUCAUAGAAAGAUGCCGUUUACCCAGACUGAGGUAACACGGUCCCAAAGAUGAGGGGUUACGACAUCCUUGUGUUCCGUCAAUCCUCAUUCAAGAAAACACAAUCAACAUGAUGUCAACUUUGAAGGGUACACUGCAACCUGAAUACACAUCAUCGGCUCGGAUAUACUCUUGCUGUAUGGAAGUGAUGAAAAUGUGAUUGACAGUGGAAAAAAUUUCCAGGGUUUUUCUAGUUGAUAUCAUCCUUAUUUCAGUGCCUACAAUUCAAAGGAAUCAUACAAAUAAAGGGCUGCAAUUUUUGGUCACUUAAGUUGAAGGACAUAGAGAAUCAAGAAGAAAGACAUUGAGCCCUUUAUCAAUUUCCUAUCUUGAAUAAAGAGGACAAUUGUCGUUGUUUAAACUCUUGACUGAUCAGACCUACCAACCAAAGGACAAUGUGGGACACUCGCUAGAUGAAAUGAAGUAGACACCAAAAAGAAAACAAAGAAAUAAAGACUCAACAGAAGGAUCAAAAAAGCAGAUUUAGGCAGAAUGAAAAUGCAGGAUUGACACAGGAGGAUCAGCAGGAUAUACAGGAAAAGAAAAAAAAACAGUACGAUUAAAGAAGAGUAUAAGAAGAGAUUAAAAGAGAUUACAGAUGCACAGUAGGCGGUUACAGAGAUGGCCGGGAUGAAAACCUUCUUCAGAGCAUAGAAACAUCUGAGUGAAGGAUAGAGAAACAGAUAAGAGAUGCAGAACAGCGAGAAGGGCUUGUGAUUGGAAGUAAAGAAGGGCAAGAAAGACCUGCGUUUUCCCAACUACACUGACCAAGAAUAUUGACUUGAGACAUUGGGUUAAAUUACCCCUGCAGAGAGAGUGGGGUACAUUGCCUGGAAUUAUGGCCACAGAGAGCCUAGUUGAACUCCGUGAUUGGUUGUUCCUACUUCUCCUAUGCCUGACAUUAUUGGUUGAAGUCCUCGAGUUCGCUGCAGCAACAGCUGCUGCUGCAGAGGCAGCUCUUGGAGAGGCGGAGCUUCAGGGAGACGUGCCAUGCCCCUCAGCUUGCAGGUGCGAUGAUGGCUUCAUUUACUGCAAUGACCGUGGCUUGAGUAUCAUCCCACCAUUACCAUUAACGGCAGCUGUGCUCUAUCUGCAAAACAACCGCAUAGACAAUGCUGGGCUACCAACAUCUUUAGAGCGACGACUGACUGUGCGAGUAGUUUACCUUUAUGAUAAUGAACUUGACGAUUUUCCAACACAUCUGCCUCCGUCGCUACGAGAACUUCACCUGCAGGACAACAAUAUACGAACUUUACCCCGUUCUGCUCUUGCACGGCUCCCCCUACUGGAGAAGCUUCACAUGGAUGAUAAUUCUGUUUCAACCGUAAGUAUAGAAGACAAAGCAUUCGCCAACAAUCCAAGGCUGCGUCUUCUUUUCUUGUCACGCAACCACCUCUCGAGUAUACCAUCAGGACUGCCUGCAUCACUUGAGGAACUCCGCCUAGACGACAAUCGGAUUUCAACUAUUCCAACACAUGCAUUUCGAGGUCUCUCCUCUCUAAGACGUCUCUUCCUUGAUGGGAAUCUGCUGGCAAAUCAGCGUAUCGCAGAUGAUACAUUCUCACGGCUGUCUAAUCUCACAGAGCUCUCUCUGGUUCGUAACUCGCUCCAGGCACCACCAUUAAACCUUCCAAGUAUGCAUCUUCUUCGCCUCUAUCUACAGGAUAAUGCCAUAGCCCACAUGCCACGAGGCUCCCUGGAUGGCAUGCGAAGGCUACAGAAACUGGAUCUAUCAGGUAACAACUUGACAACUCUCCCAAGAGGUUUAUUCAAGGAUCUUGACAGCCUUUCACAAUUACUUGUCCGAGGAAAUCCUUGGUACUGUGGCUGUAACCUCCGCUGGCUUCAUGACUGGUUGCAUGAGCGAGGUUCAUCAGUGACUGUGAGAGGUUUAACUUGCCAUGGACCAGAGAAACUAAGAGGCAUGGCACUAAGGGACCUUACAAGUCAGUUGGAAGACUGUGAGGUCAGCAUAGAUUCUGCAGGAGGAAUGGUUGGAAACGAUGGAGCAAAGAAGGAGAAAAGUUAUUUUCCGACACAAGCACCAGCUACAACAACCCCUCCACUUCCGCAGGGUUCUCUCUUUACCCUCAGAUCCAGACGACCAGGCCACAAGUAUUCAGAUAUAAGCCAGGACAGUCUUGGAGGUGGAAAUGGGGUUACAGGUAAAUCAUUACUAAUCAGUGUAAAACCUCUCACACCAGAGACAGUUCACAUUACCUGGCAGGCUUCACAGCCAGUCCCCUCCUUCAGACUUUCCUGGUUGCGACUAGGCAACAGUCCUGCAAUGGGGUCAAUCACAGAAACUCUUGUGCCAGGGGAUCGCCGUGAGUAUUUACUUACGCAACUACAGCCCCAAUCAAGUUACAUCAUCUGCUUGGUGCCUCUCUCUGGAAAUGAUGGUAAAAGAACCUCUUUUACAGCGAGUGGGGGUUUAAACAUUAACACAAACUCAGAGCAUGAGCACCCUGCUUGUGCCAAAACAGAGACAGAUCCCCUCGAGCAGCCUAAUUCAGACCAGGACAGUGAUCAAGGAACUGACCAACUGUCAGCCCUACCACUUGCUGGAAUUAUUGGAGGUGCAACAGCAUUGGUGUCUUUGUUCUUAAUUUUUGGCAUCUUCUGCUGGUACGGACACCGUGCGGGGUACCUUGCACCAGGUGACCAUUCUAUAUAUGGUAGAGAUGUUGUUGGCUCACGAGGUACCAGCAAACACUACGAUGACUAUGUUGAGUCUGGAACCAUAAAAGACACGUCCAUCUUAGAAAUCAGAGCUCAUGGCUUUCAAAUGACACCAAUGUCUGCCCAACAGCCUUUGCAGCCCAAGGCAAAAGUUGAGGAUAUGACAUACAUUCAUACUAUCUUUCCCUCUAAUAAUGCAACUCUAUAUAGGAGCACCCUGAACCACACAGGAAAUCCAGGGUAUGGAACAAAUCGAGGGUACAGAGAAGGGGGAAUACCAGACAUAGAUUACUCGUACACGUAAUAGACUUUUUUAAUACCCCCUUCCUAUUCUGUUCCUGUUAUCAGGUAAAGCAGUUGGGUAAGGGUUCUUUUCCCUAGGUUCUAAAGUAGGGGUGUGCCGAUUCUAAGGGGACUAUUUUUCCCCUAUCUAUCGUACACAGAAUCUUAUUACUGGAUAGAAGGUUUUAAGUAGAUUUUUUCAAAUCAAAAUAUUUAUACUGAAAAUAGUAUAGUUUUCUCACUAUUGGAGCAUUGGUGUAACAUGAAAAUGUUUAAAACCAAAAUCAGGAUUUUGCAAAUUGAAUUGGGUAAUUUAGUGAUGUUACAAGAAUGAAUAUGACUUACUAUUCAAAACCAGGUGUUAAAAAUGCUAUAUGGACUGUACUGCAGACACUCUACAUAAAUGAUGCAAAUCAAUAACAUGGUUACGUAAAAAUGUUCAGAAAGAACACCUUGUGAUAUGUCGAUAAAGCAGGAUUUUAUUCGGCACACCCCUAUUCCAAAGUACCCUUUGUGCCUCCUUUAGUCUGUUUUCAAAACAUUGUUCUUUAUGGGCAAAAACCCUCUGGAACAUGCUCAAAAUACCUAUAAUUAGUCAGAAAGUGCCAGGGAAUACCACUUUUUGUGUUGAUGUUAUCCAAUAUUCAGAUGAUAAUUGAAGCUGUUUUUGCAUCUUAGUACCAAUGAUUAUCAGUGUCCUAAAACUA